UUUCCCACCUAAAUCACCAAUAAUUAGCCUCAAUUGGAGACAGACACUAUUUUUCCAAGAGUAAAUUACUGGUAUUCUAGUGUUAAAUUAAUUAGCAGAAAAUCCUUUUUAUGGCCAUAAUCUCAACGUGAGAGAUUAGUGUGGGUUAGGCAGUUUGAUUAGUGCUAACAAAGAGUCACCAUGUUUCAAGCACCUUGUGGAUAACUACAACAAACAAAACACAUAGAAACCGCCACUUCCUCACAUUCUAUUAACUGCCAAUAACUGCCAUUACAUCUACAUAAGCAACCUCUUCUCCGGUCGUUACAUUUUUUUUCUUUCUUUCUUCUUCUUUCUCGUUCAAUCUCCAUAACCUUUACUUCUCAAACAGUGAUGACAAGCCAUAAUACUGAUCCCGACCCUGAUUUCUGCCUUCCAUCAUCUUCUUCAAUCCCUACCACAUACCACCAUCAAAACCCACGUAAAAAAAGGACUAGGCUGAUCAAGAUUGAACCAAGUUUGCUUCCUUCUAGUACAAUAUCUAGGCCAAAAUAUUACAAUAAACCUGACCCUUCUGCACCAAAGAUCACAAGACCUUGUAGUGAGUGUGGCAAGAAGUUUUGGUCAUGGAAAGCACUCUUUGGUCACAUGAGAUGUCACCCUGAAAGACAAUGGCGUGGCAUUAAUCCACCUCCCAAUUAUCGUAGGCCCGUUUCGCCUAUUGAUCAGCCAGUAAGUAUUGCUAAUCCUACUAACUGGGAAGACAUGAUGACUGCAGAGGAUCAUGAGGUGGCUUCUUGUUUGUUAAUGUUGGCUGAUAGUGAUGGUGCAGCAAUGUUGGAGGGUAAUGAUUUUGGCGGUGGGGUUGGUGCUAGUAGUUCUCAUCAAGUUCAAGAUCAUGAUCUAGUGAAUUGUACUCGUUUCGAGUGUUCAAGUUGCAGGAAGGUUUUUGGGUCACACCAGGCACUAGGGGGUCACAGGGCAAGCCAUAAGAAUGUGAAGGGUUGUUUUGCAUUAACAAGGAGUGAUGGUUGUGAGGUUGUUGAGGAUCAUGGUGGGAGUGGUGAUGUGAAGGAGAACGUGGAAGAUAACAGCAAGGCAUUGUUGGUGUUAGGGCACAAGUGCAGUAUUUGCUUGAGGAUGUUUCCCAGUGGACAGGCACUUGGUGGACACAUGAGGUGCCAUUGGGAGAAAGGCGAAGAGAACUCAUCAUCCAUGAAUCAAGGACUUCAUUUCCUUACAGCAAAGGAAGGUUGUGGGUUGGACCUCAAUUUGCCUGCUCCAAUGGAAGAUGAAUCAUCCUCUUCUUAUUCAUCAGGUCUCACUUUGGACUUGAGAUUGUGCCUCUGAAGGAAGUCUGGGCUCUUUCCUUUUAAGGGUUCUUUCACUAAAAAUUUGUUAUGUAACUGACAUGUAACCUUAGCUUAAUUAGGAUAUACUAGUAAUCUGUGUAUCAUUGAUUCUGCUGCCCCAAAUUUGGGAGGCGUUAUAUGUAUGCACUUACAAGUAUGCAAAAACUCUUCACUACUGCUUAUCAAUAGUAUUUUUCGGAGUUCAAUCCAUAAUUUUUGAGAACACAAAUGAAUAUUUAUUUAACCACAAGGACUGAUCAUUGAAACACUGAC